AUGUCAUUCAAACUAUUCACUCACCAACCUGCCACUCUCCUUCGGCUGGGUCUAGGGGUUGGCAUCGGUCUCUCUGCUGCAACUAUGCACCCCUUGUCACCCUUCCGCGCCGUCCCAAUGAAAUGCGAGUACGCCGUGCCUCAGCAAUCUGUCUUCAACAAAGAUUCAGGGUGGGCUGUAAACUCCGCCGAAUCUGUGGGCCAGAAGCAGCGCAGCGGGCAGACUGGGCUGUUGGACGCGGAGACGAUGCGCCAGGUUAGUUUGGGGAGUGUAUUGGGCCUUGUUGCUGGUGUUGGAUUGAGGGCAUUUUCGAAGGCUUUGGUUGUUAUUUUGGGUAUGGCGGUUGUCCUUAUUGAGUACGCUGCGUCUAAAGGGUACAAUGUUCUUCCGAUCAAUCGAAUUCAAAAAUAUGUUAAGCGUGUUGACUUGCGUCGCGCGAUGAGGGAAAAACGGCCGUUCAAGAUGAGUUUCGGCGCUAUGAUGGCGAUGGCGGCGUUUGCGAAUUUCUAG